AUGACCAAUCCACAGCCACCUCCAAUCCUCGAUUUCUCCGUCUUCUAUGGCAACGACAGCCAAGCCAAAGCCCAGCUCGUGCAGCGAGUGCGCGAGUGCUGUCUGAACAAUGGCUUCUUUCAGAUCACCGGCCACAAAGUCUCGCCAGGGUUGCAGCGCCGGACGUUCCACUGCGCCGAACGAUUCUUCGACCUUUCCUCCCCCUCUACUGCCGCUCUCUCUAGCGGCUAA